UUUAAGCAGCAAAACAGAAGCACCAGAACAGAUUCAAGCUGUAGUCAGAGCCUUGGUUUCAGACUUGCAUCCUAAUGAAGAAGAGGAGGUGAUAGAAAAGGUACAAUUAGAGCUUGAGAAAUCAGGCCAGAAAAAAAGAUCAGACGGAAAACCAACAGAUUUCUACAAUGUCUUUGAAGAUACUGAAGGUGUGAUGUCAGGUGACCGCUUGCCUCUUGGAACACGGGUUACAAAGGGCCCUGACUGGACUUGGGGAAAUCAGGGUGGUGGUGGUCCAGGCACUGUAGUUCAACAUGAGAAUAAAAAACAUCCAUAUACGUGGGUGUGGUGGGACACUGGAGAAUAUAAUCGCUAUCCAUAUGGACCAGAUAUGGGAUUUCACAUUUGGAAGACAGAGGAAUACCCCAGAAUAAAGCUCAUGCAUGAUCCUCUAGACAUUGGCAUGAUAGUUAAGAAAGGCCACAGCUUGGAGAAUUUGGAGACCAUUAGAAAUGCCACAAAAGGUGUAAUAAUCAGGAGAUCUCAAGAUAGAAAGCGACUGAAAGUUCGCUGGGACAAUGGGAUCAUCACAGAAUGCAAAAUCAAUGAUGUAGUCUACUGUGAUAUCUUGACGGAAUCUGAGGAAAAGUUUGUAAGCCUUUCUGAAGAACUUUUUGGGCAUAGCCUAGGCAGAGAGGUUAAGGAAAAUGUGGAUGCAAGAGGAAGAUGAUGCCAUGAAUGGUGAUAAGAAACGAGUCUGGCAAUGGAAGGAUGAAUCUGGCAACUGGAGGCUGUACCCAGAAGACCUUGCAGAAAGAAUAGAGAAAGAGUUCAGCCGCAGACAUGAUGGCACUCUUGCUUUUACCAGGGGUGGUAAAAACUACCGUGUAAAGUUGAAACAAAUGAUAGAAACAAGCACUUCUACAGGGAACAUCAAGGGAAAUUAAACGUGUUUUGCUGUCCUUUGGAUGAAUACCUCUCCUUGAAAACAGUUGAAGAGUUAGCAUAAUAGGUCUUUUGGAUUUCAAGCUUGCUAGAGGUCAGGCUAUCAGAAAGACAGAAGUGUGUGCAAGAGUUAUGUCCUCAAUGUGGUAUGUAUAAGGGACACACAAUAUACAUUAUUAGAGGCAUCUGAUGGGCUCAGCUUCCCUGUAUUGCAGGUCCUAUGCUGUGGCAAAAAAGAACUACAGCAGCACUAUACAUUUGAAGAUUUUCAUUGCUUUUUGUAUACUUCAUGAGACUGUUUUUUGCAGAAUUCCAUGUGAUGAUAAUGUUUUUAGUAUGUGAUUGGAAUUUUUCAAUUCUCUGUGAAAAUUUUGCAUCGUUACAGAAUUAACAGAAAUAAGAAUGCUACUAGCAUGCACUUCUGAAGGAUUCGGUCUCAGUCUACAGUUACAUAAGAGCAUGCCCUCACAGCAAAUUUGUUUAUACACACAUUUGUAUUUGUAUACUUGUAAACUACAAUAUUUGACAUUACUAAAUUAAGAAGUGAAAUAAAAAAUAUAUCCAGUAUCUUGAAA